CCUGCCAGAGGCAGACUGUGGGGUGAAAAUGGUUUCUUCACAUGCUGGGCUUGUUCUGCUGGUGUUUUGUUCCACCUGCUCCUUUGCUCUCAUCAAAGUUUCUGAAUCGGAGUCAGAAAAAGAGAAUACUGAGAUACAUGAAAAAGAAGAGUAAGAAAAGCAAGCUUCCUUGCCUAAAGCCCAGUCUUUGCCUGCUUCAGCAGAUGAUUCCUCCAGGGAUGGAUCAAAGACGCUUCCAGAAUAUCUCAUUGUUCCAGUUUCCAGAGAUCACAAAGGAGAUCGGAAGCCUGAAAAGGGGGCUAGAAAAAUUCCCAGCUGGCUUCAGAAAGUGUUAUUGGGUAUGCCUCCCACACUUUCUAGUGAUGAAGGAGCAACAAACAAAUCAAAACUGGUUGAGGUCCAGUGUCAUAUGGACAAAAUAUACAUAAGAAUCAGGAAGGAGGUCCUUAAAUCUCAGGAUGCAUACAAAUAUUUGACACUAGGAAGUUGUCCCGUGAACCAUGCUGAUAAAGAUUACUACUACCUUCUGCAGUCUCUGAAAACUGACUGUGGAUUUAAAGUACAGAGUUUGCCAGAUUAUUUGUCCAUCAGAAUUUUCCUCCACUAUAAGCCAGCUGGGCCAGUUUUAAGGGAAAUGCCAUUCGACAUUCUCCUGCAGUGUAAAUAUUACAGGUUGUUUUACUCUUAUAAAGUCAGCUUUCAUCCCAAACUGCAAGGAAGAACCAUGUACAGAGUAUUCCAACCAAACAGUAGCUUCACCAUUUCUCCUCUAGAUGCAUCAGGAAAUAAAAUCUUCGGCCAGAAAAUUAACUUGGGAGAUCCAAUGCACUUUGAAGCCAGCGGAAAUGAAGAGGAUGUACAUUACAAAGUGCUUUGUGACUGCCUCCCAAGACCCCUACUCGCAUCCUAGAUACACAGUCAUCAACAAUCAAGGCUGUAUGAUUGAUAGCAAGACAUCUGUACAAUCAAAAUUCCUCAUUGGUGGCUCCAAGAUGGUCCAGAAAUUCAGUGUGGGUGCCUUUGUUUUCCAGCAGAGAGCUCCCACUAUUUCUGAACAGCAAUUUUAUUUGCACUGUGAGAUGAAUGUAGGACCAUCUACUCCAACUCCGAGUCUAAAGGCUUGCAAUUACGAUCGUGCUAUUGGAAAGUGGAAGGAGCUCUAUGGUAAGGACUGGGUGUGCAAAUGUUGUGAGUCAACAUGCCUGUCAGCAGAACUGGAGGAAGCACCCAAUAAUAUCAUCUCCAGUUACUCUUGGAAGGUUGACUUUAAAGGUAAAGUUGAAUUUGACAAGACUGGCAGUCUAAGAUCUCCUGAAACUAUGACCAGGGAGGACCCCAGUAAGAAGCCAACAUACUUACAAGACUGUGAUGAAGACUAAGAUGUUGUAAUGAUCUAUUUUAAAUAAAUGCUUUACCUUUGGGCUCAUAA